UUCCGUGUUGUAGACUAGGAUGAAAAUAUUGUAGUAGAUUUUAUCUACAUAAAUCGACCUACUGGAGGCGGGAGUGGAACACAACAAUUCAGUUUAACAAUGUCAGAACUAGAGAUGUUUAGAGAAUUUAUCAAAGAGCGACUAUCAAUUGAAGCUUUACAGAUUUUCGGAGCCGUUGAAAAUACAUUUUCCGAGUACCAGGAGGAGGGCGCGCGACUGCCGCUGUUGGACGUUAAACCUGAGAUCAAUCUACACCUAACAGAUGUGCAGCAGCUCUCUUUCCCGGAGCCCCCACAGAUUAAAGAGGAACAGGAGCUGUGGACCAGUCAGGAGGAAGAGCAGCUCCAAGGACUGCAGUCUGAAACUACAGACUCCAUACUCACCCAGGAGUCAGAGUUUUAUAACGUCAGAAUGUCAAAAUUACAAUUGUUUCUCAGUGACAAACUAACAACAGCAGCUUUCGAAAUUUUUGUCAAAGUGGAAAAGAAGUUUGCUGAAUACGAAGAAGACAUUAUGCAACUGCAACGCUUGUUGGACAUUGUUACACAACCCAAGAUCAAGCUACACAGAAUAGCUGUGCAGCAUCUCUCUAUCCCGGAGCCCCCACAGAUUAAAGAGGAACAGGAGCUGUGGACCAGUCAAGAGGAAGAGCACCUCCAAGGACUGCAGUCUGAAACUACAGAGUCCAUAUUCACUUCUCUCAGUGUGAAACAUGACUCUGAUCAGGAAGGCUCCUCUGAAUGUUCACAUCUUGACCAAGCUGUUAAAGUGGAGAACAGAGAAGGAGCCUCUCUACCCACCAACACAACUGAGGAGCAAAUCAAAGCAGAGGCCGAUGGACAAGACUAUGCAGCACCAGAACCAGGCAGUGAAUCUCAGCCCCUUUCUGCUCCAGACCAUCCUACAGCUCAGAGUUUGGAGGAGGAACAUGCAGGAGUGCUGUUUUUUCGGAACCGAACACAAAACAAUGAGGCUCUGCCAAGGGAAAAUAGGCCUCAGGCAAAUCACAGAGGACUAGUAAUACAUCAGUGUCAGGAAUGUAACAAAAACUUCAGUCAAAAGGGUACUUUGGUUCUUCAUAUGAGGACUCACACAGGAGAGAAACCUUAUCAAUGUCAGGCAGGGGGCAAAAUGUUCCUCAUUGUGGAGUUUGUGGAGGAGAAGAACACUGGACCAGUUGCCAAGUCCUGGUACACAAAUGGCUUGGCAUGGUGGCCUCCAUAUCAGGACCAGACCAGGAUCCUGAAAAGUAUAAGAAAAGCUGAGGUUCCACAGCCAGAAAAAGGAUGGACAAGGCAUCAAGCAAGGGUCCUAUAUGAAACAGAUUCCUUUGAAAACAUUGUAUGCAGAUGGAAGCAGUCCUGUUAUACGUCUGACAUCCAGUCAGAUUAUGAGAAUGCAAAGAAAGAGAGAAAAAGAAAAAGCUAUUCCUCUUCAGAAGAGGAGGCCCCAGACUCCUGUCCAGCCCCCCCAAAAAAGCUGCCCAAUGCUCCAACACCCCCCUCACCACCACAACUAGAGCGAAAUGGUGGGAACAAAAUCAGUAUUGUUUGAAAUCAUGGUGUCCUUAUGUGACAGCACCUAUAUUUAAGCAAUUAGGACACAAACUGUCUUACUAUUUAAGUAUUUUCUUAACAGCUUCU